AUGGCGGCCACAACAACCGCCCGGCGCCACCAGCCGUGGCACAGCAUGUCCACUGCGAGGGCGACGGCGGCCUCCUCGUCCUCGUCCAAGAAGCCCUCGAAGGUCUCGAAGACUGCAUCCAAGACUGCGUCCAAGACUUCCAAGACUGUCUCAAAGACAGCAUCAAAGGCCAAUGGCACCGGCAUCCGGCCACACGAUCCGCGGCUGGAGCUGUCCCUGCGCGCUUUCCAUCAGACCCUGGCCAAGAAGCGCCCGCGGCAGGAAGCGUUCCCACACGAUGAUAUCUUCACACUGCUGACGGCAGCCGCCGCGACGACGCCGCCGAUGCACACGACACAAACAACCGGCACCGCCUCAUAUGCCUCUCACUCACCACUUCCUCAACUUCCGACUACACCCUCCUCCUGUCUCUACGACCCGGUUUCGCCGUGGGGUGUUCGCGGUAUUGCUUACGACCCGGCGACGCCACAAUGGGAGCUGCCUGGCGGCAUGGCUCUACCUGCGUGCGCACCUCUUGCCUAUCAGUUUGUGGCCGGCAGGACAACAGGACCGACGGCUGCCAACGAACCACCACAAGUGCAUGCACCGCCGCAACCACAAGAAGAGACAGCGACAAAGCCAUGGAAGCCCAAGAAGAGCCGGUUCUUUGGUCCCGGCCUGCGGGAAGUCUUGAGCAUGAUUCCGUCUGCACCGGCGCCACCGCCACCGCCAAUGCAACAACAGCAACAGCAACAGCAACAGCAACAGCAGAAACAGCAGAAACAAAAGAAACAGCAGCAACACCACGAACAACCGCAUCACCAGAAACGACAGCAAUGCCACGGACAACAACACGUCUUACCUCCGUCAAGACCAAACGGCGACCAAAAUGCCUAUUUGACGGAAUGGCGGUUCGUGCUCAGCGAUCUUGGCCCCCAGCCGGCCCAGCAAUCACCACAGCCAGCAACGGCCACACCGGCCACGCCCAGCACGUCGGAGGCGGCUUCGGCAACAGCGGUGACAAAUGGCAAACGGCGUAGGAAGCCGUCAAUGAAGGCUCAGCUGUCAUCGAAUGCCACUAGCCGACUGCCAUUGUCAACACCGUCAGUGUCAUCAAUGUCAGCCGUGCCCGCACCAACCACGCCUCAUGCCACGCCCGUUCCUCCGCCCCUCACCCCGGCCUCGGUUCCCGUCUCGGUUCCCGUCUCGGUUCCUAGCUCGGCUCCCACCAGCAGCAAGGCACCCACUACAAACGGCCAAGCGUCGCGCUGCUGCCCUAUGGAGGUACCAAGCAUUCUCCACAUGAUUCUCGACCAGACAAGCGACAAUCUCAAGCCGCAGAUGGUCGACUCGUACGUCAGCUAUGUGCCCCGUCUGUGCCAUGACCACAAGGAUAAAUACGAGCGCCUUAAGGCGUUGAUGCAGCAUGGCCUCAGCAGCACAAGCCGCGGCCGUGCUAACAGCCACCAUGGCCCACCAACAUCUGUGCUGCCGCCGUCAUUGCCGCCGUCAUUUCCGCCGUCAGCGCCACCUAAGAAGAAACGCAAGUCAUCAAGUCAUGCCGCCGCACCACUCGUCCCGUCACCGUCAUUGCCACAAACGGCUCCGCCUACCCAGCCAGCGCAGUCUGCUCCUCCUUCUCCCCUUCCGUCUCCUCCUCCCUCUCAUCCGCCAUACACUGUCGACCCUGACGGUAUUCGGCCGGCGAUCAACGCCGCCAGGGACGACCAGUACCGCCGCCUCAUGCUUGAUGAGAUCCAGGAGCGCUUCGCCGCCAAGGAAGGCGUCGACUCUACCCACGGCGACGUCACCAACCGUGUCAUCCACAGCCUGCUGAACAUUGCUCGGCCGCCCAACACGGACGCCUCCAAGGGCCCCCUGGACGUGCACACCUUGACCGGCCAGGAGGCGUGGACGAUGCUGGACAAUGGCUCGCCGCACGAGCCCGUCGUCACCACGAUGGAGCAGAUGUUCCAGUGGCGGCCCAAGCUGCGCCCCAUUGCCGAGCUGUUCCGGCGGAUGGAGAAUCUGGAUCGCCGCGUGUCGGUGCAGGUGCCGUCGCGCCACUGCAUGGACGACUCGUUUGAGUCGAGGGACUUGAUCCAGGUGCGGGAUCGGUUUCUGGGUCCGGGCGGCUCGUCUGCGUCCUGCGACGCCGACGAUCCGUGGAACAUUCUGGACCUGCGCAGCCCGCUGCCGGCGGCGGUGCUGCCGCGGUUCCUGACCAACGAAAACUGCCAGCUGCUCCCGCGCCUGCGCGACGAGGUCCUCAACCCCAGCCGGGCCGAGCGCGACACGGCCGCCCGCGAGCAGUGGAACGAGUGGCGCGACGUGCUCGAGUGGGUCUUGCUGAGCCAGGGCGGGCACAAUACGUCGCCGCACACCGACAGCCACGGCCUGGGCACCUGGAUCACCGUCCAAGAGGGCCUCUUUGGCUUCGGCUGGCUGUCGCACCCGACGCCCGAAGAGCGCGCCGCCUGGAUGGCCAACCCGCACGGCUUCCGCGGCGGGCACUGGUGCUACAUGGUGCUGGAACCGGGGCAGACGGUCUUUUUCAACUCGGGCACCGUCCACUUUGUCUUCCGGCUGCGCCGCGAGGCCACCCUGGCCCUCGGCGGCCACGUCCUGCAGUGGUCCGGCAUCGAGCGCUGGCUGCAGGUCGUCGCCGCGCAGAUGCAGAACCCGCACAUCACCAACGAGGACAUGGAGUGGAGCGCGCCCAAGUACGUGCGCGUGGUGGCCCGGCUGGUCGAGGCGCGCCGGCAGAGCGGCCGCGUCGAGGAGAUGGGCGGCGCCGCCGCCGUGGACCGGCUGCUGGGCCUGCUGAAGGACUUUGACGCCCUCUACAUUGCCAAGGCCGCCAAGGGCCGGCCGCCCAAGACGCCGAAAACGAAAAAGGCAACAAAGAAGCUGCGGGUGGCGCAGCGGUAA